GACACGUUCAGUCAGCAUGAACCUGAGGUGAGUUUCAGUCAUCAGCUGUAAUUUCUCCUCCUUCACUGGGCUGUUUCCAUCGUUUAGACGUUAGAUCAGGUUUGCAUGGUUAUGCGCAGUGCUGCUUUAAACGCAUCCGUUCUGCGCAGGUGUGAGAGGACGGAGCAUAUAAAAGUAAAACUGCUGCAGGUUGAAGCUCAGAGACAUGACAGAGUAGAGCUGCUGUCUGAAGCCACACAGGAGAAGAGAUAGAAUCAACUUUACUGCAAAACAUGUCGAAACCAAAGAGCGGAGCUGGACGCUUCAUCUGCGGGGUGGUGGAAGGUUUUUAUGGGCGACCGUGGACUAUGGAGCAAAGAACUGAGCUGUUUAAAAGGGAGCAGAAGUGGGGUUUGAACUCGUACCUGUACGCCCCCAAAGACGACUACAAACACAGGAUGUACUGGAGAGACCUGUACUCUGCUGAGGAGGCAGAACAACUGAUCGCCCUCAUAUCAGCAGCUAAACAGCACAACGUCGACUUCAUCUAUGCGAUCUCUCCCGGCCUGGACAUUACUUUCUCCAACCCCAAAGAAGUCGCUGCUCUGAAGAGGAAACUGGAUCAGGUGAAGGAGUUCGGCUGUAGCUCCUUCUCUUUGCUGUUUGACGACAUCGAGAGGGAGAUGUGUGCGGCCGACAAGCAGGCGUUCAGCUCCUUUGCCCACGCUCAGGUGGCCAUCACUAAUGAUCUGUACCAGCACCUGGGGAAACCUGAGAGCUUCCUCUUCUGUCCCACAGAUUACUGCUCUUCCCAGUGUACUCCCACCGUCUCCCUGUCCCCAUAUCUGAACACUGUGGGAGAGAACCUCCUGCCUGGCAUCGACAUUCUGUGGACUGGUCCAAAAGUGGUCUCCCACAAAAUCUCGGUUGAAUCCAUAGAGGAGGUGUCUGCAGUCCUGAGGAGGCCACCAGUCAUCUGGGACAAUAUUCACGCCAACGAUUACGAUCCCCAAAGGCUCUUACUUGGACCCUACAAGGAUCGACCCACUGAGCUGAUUCCCAAGCUGAGAGGAGUUCUCACAAAUCCCAACUGUGAGUUCCACCCAAACUUUGUGGCCAUUCACACUUUGGCAACGUGGUGUAAAGCCCCUGCUGAUGGAGGAGUGAGAGAUGUGGAGAUGGGUGAUGAGGAGCAGGACCCCUGCUACAGCCCCCAGAAGGCCCUGAUGCUGGCCCUCACUGACUGGCUGCAGGAGUUCAUGAGCACCGAUCAGCCAGGAGGCCCUCGACCUCCAGCUCGCCUCAAGAAGGAGUCGUCAGAUGAGGAGCCCAUGCAGACAGACGUGGCUGAGAGCUCCUAUGUUCCCAGUCCUGACGAGAACCCGCUGUACACCGCCGAGCCUCUGACACUGGACGACCUGAGGCUGCUGUCAGAACUCUUCUAUCUGCCCUACGAACACGGAGCCACAGCCAGAACCAUGCUGCAAGAGCUGGACUGGCUCAAAAACCACAGCCAGGCUGCCACAGCAGAGACAGAGCAGUCAGCAGAGUGGCGUUCAAGAGCGCAGAAGUUUGACAGCAUGUGCGAGGCGGUGGUGCAGAUGUUCAACCGGCUGUCAAACGCCCCGAACCGCAGCAUCCUGUAUGAUCUGUACAACUACAUCUGCGACAUCAAGAGUGGAGUUGAUAUGGCUCGAUUCUACGUGAAGACACUCGGAGGACAGGGUCAACCCUCGGCCCAGGUGAUGCAGGAUGACCCUGAACCCUGGCGCUUCAGAGGAGCACUCUCUGGAGAGUUCCAGAGAAUGCUGCCGUGUCAUGGAAACAGGGACCUGUUCAGACAACCUCUCAUGACAGCAGUUUACUGCAUACGACCCUACUGCCCUGAAGACAAGACGGAAGUGCAGAAGAUAUUCAGGGAGAUGCAGAAAGGAGGAGAUGCCACAUCCUCCCCAGGGGCACAACCUCCACUCAUCAGCGACAGCCUGUCAGCCGGUGAGUUAUCCCCUUCCCCUGAGUGUGCUCUUGUGGUGGAGGAUGACUUUGGCGUGUGUGGUUACGCUCUGGCCCUCACGGAUGUCAAACCAGCUGCAGCUAAAGUCCAGAGGGCGGUAAGUGAGUCGCUGUUGAAGGAAUUCCCCUCCCUGGUCGUUGUACAAGUGCGGCCCGGGGUCACUGAUCCGUCUCCAGCCAAACAUAUGAUUCGUCGACUGUUGUCGUCCAUCAGGAGCAGCGGGUCCAAAGGAGUGUUUUGUGAGCUGCGGCACGGCGAUCGGAGGAUGAUCAACUUUUACUCUAAACUUGGCUCCUUCAAACAGAUAGAAAUGGACUGUCUACCUCAGGACGUCCUCGUCAUGGCAGCAAGCCUGUAAACGAGGUCGCUUACAAGGUUUUCCUCAGGUUUAAAGUGUUUAGAGAUGAAACUCUUGUGUGUGUAAUCACUAACUUUGCAGCAUGUUAAGCUGAUUUAAAGCAAACCUGGUAUUGGAAUUUGUCAUGAAAAGACAAAAAUGUAAAGUGAUUAUUUUUUAGAUAAAUUGUUUCAGGCAGCACAAUAAGACUUAAUAAAAUACAGGACAUUAA